UGCGCGAGAAAGGUUGCUGCCGUAGCCAGACAGCAGCAGCACGAAGAUCCAGCACCGGGGAUGGCCUCCUAAUUUUUAAAAGACACUAUCAACAUUAUAUCUCCACAAAAUGAAGUUUCCUUACUCAUAGAUUCGCGAGGAUAUGGUGAGGAGAAGGUGUCCCAUGUUGCAUUAGUGGAAUAGUGACAUGCUGGCCUGUCUGCCGGCAUCAGGUGACCCUACCAUCCGACUUCUCUCCCGCACGCAGAUGAACACUGGACUUCAGAAAUGGGAAACUACACAGAAGAUGAGAUCUGCCAGCUAUCCAACCCCAGCAGAGUUGGAUGCCUAUGCUAAGAAAGUUGCCAACAGCCCUCUGACCAUCCAGAUCUUCCCCAACAGUGUCAAAGUUCCUCAAAGGAAGCACAUUCGCCGCACAGUCAACGGGCUUGACACCUCCUCGUCCAGCCAGCGCCACAGUCCCUACCCCUCUCAGGUCAGCUCCAGUAGGGGUCUGCUGGCUGUCCUCCGCGCGCCUGCCAAAGGCGUCAUCAAAGAGUCAGACGGUAGCCGCGCUCGACAGCUUCAGAAGGCCAUCAUGAACCCUCACAGUGGGCCGUACGCCACUCAAAGCACUUUAAAUCUUCCUCAACCUGCUCCUCACCUACAGGGCCCGUCUCAGCCUGCGGCUCAGGCUGUACAGAAGCAGGGUAUGGUUCACUCACAGGCGCUACAGCAGAGCAUGACUCAUCCAAUGACUUUACAGCAGCCACAAACUAUGCCUCACCCACAGGCUUUACAGCAAAGGAACAUGGCUCAUUCACAAGCUCUGCAGCGGCAGCAGAGUUUGUCCCAGGUUCAGACUUCACAGCAGAGAUUGGCUCAUCCUCAAGGCAUCCAGAGGCAGCAGAGUCUGCCUCACACCCAGGCUCUACAGCAACAGCAGAGCCAGUCCUGUCCACCAGUCGCACCACAGCAGCAUCUUUCUCAUCUCCAGACACUAAAGCAUCAGACGGCUCCUCCGCAAGCUUUACUAACACAACAAGGAGUGACUCAGGAUCUGCGCCACAUGUCUGAUGGAGCUCAGCUUCCAGGCCUGCAGCACACCCAGGGGCUAGUUGGCUCACAGCCCCUCCCCCAGGCUGCAGGUACAGGACCUCCUACCAUGCCUAAUAGCCUCCAGCAGCCGCCACAGGGGGCAUACGGGCCCCGGAAGCUCCCUGACGCAGACGCCCCACCAAAUGUAACUGUAUCUACCUCCACCAUCCCACUGUCCAUGGCAGCCAGUCUGCAUCAGAACCGGCCGAGUGACCUGAGCAGCAUUGUGCACCAAAUCAACCAGUUGUGCCAGGCACGGGCUGGUAUGGGCACCACCUCAGUCUGUGAGGGCCAAAUAGCAAACCCCAGCCCCAUCAGCCGCAACCUGCUGAUCAACGCCAGCUCAAGGGUGUCCUGUCACCACCCGGCUCUGGGCUCUGUGCCUAGCUGCCUCAUGGUGGGGCCCCCAGACAAAGCUACAGCUCAGACUCCCAAUGCUGCUCUCCAUUCACAGCCCAAUAUAGCUGCUACUAAUAGUAUACCUGCCUUUCACGCAGACCCAGAGAAGGUACAACUGCAGCAGCAGCAGCAACAACAACAACAACAACAACAACAACAACAACAACAGCAGCAGCUGCAGCACCAUUUACAUCAGCAGAAACAACAGCAGCAGUUACAGCAGCAACAGCAACAUUUACAACAACUACAGCAGCUGCAGCAGCAGCAGCGCUCUUGGGCCCAGCAUCAACUGGCCCACAUGCAGCAGCCUCCUGAGGGGGCCCAUCCCUGUAAGAACCCAAGGAUGGAGCCUUCUACUGAGUGUGCUUUCCCCUCUCGGAACCUCAGCUAUCCCCACAAGCUACCCAACACUGCACAGUCCUUCCCUCUUAAACACCCUGCAGAAAAACCACGGCCUUCAUCCCCUGUUAACUGCCCAGUAGGUUCUAUGCCUUACAUUAAUGGCCACUACAUGCAGCCACCGUGGGGCAGUAUCCCAGCCACAGCAGGUAACAAUGGAUCUGGCUCUCAGGACCUCCCAGUGGUUUUCCAGGGAGGGCAGGCUCCUGCCUCCACAGACCGCAUCCCAGGGGCAAAGUACAGGCCAGGGAAAGAGGCUCCUCCUGGCCAGUCCAAGUUGAUGCAGAAUGUGGAUUUCUUAGGAGGGGGCUUCCAGAUGCCCAGCUUUCAGGAGCAGAAUAUGGGUGUGAUGGAGAAGAUGCACAGGUCAGCCAUGGGCCAAGUUCAGGAGCCCAAUAAUGUUGGAGGUGCUCACACCCAUCACCCAGGCUACCGAUAAAGCGUGCGUUUAUUCCCCCUUGGUGUGUUUUGAGUUCUUCUCAACAGCUACUUUCAGCUUCUGUGGUUUAUUCUUUAAGAUCUUGCAAGUGAUCAAUUACAUUUAUUGCUUCAGAGCUUGAUUUGUAGACCCACCAGGUUGUGAUGUUUCAAAGUAUUCCUCAGGUCUUAAGCCAUGUCGUACCUUUGUUGCAGAUGAAGGUUUUUUGAGAUUGUUGUCCACUGUUGAGUAGAAUUCCUCUUUUCAUCACUGGCAUGGAUGUGCUGCUCUUUGUUCAUGUAUAUAUGGUGUUCUAGAAUAUUAAUUUGCAGCUGAGAAUAUGCUUGCCAUAAGAUUGUCACAGUGCUUUUCUUAGGUUGACAUGGAACAACUCAACUUUUUUCAGCAUUUGUGGCCUUACAACUGCCCAAAGGCAAGAUUUAGGAUGUCCUCGUGUUAUGUUUUUAUUUGCAAUUAUUUAUCCUUUUAACAGGUUUGUGAUCCAUUUAAAUAAGGUUACAUGUAUAUGCAAUUAAUAAGACUGUUGAUAAAGUUUUGUCCCAGGAGCUCCCUCCCAUAGUUGAACACUUGUUAUUGCGCCUAAAGUGAGAGCCACAACUCCUCUGUCAGGAAAACAACACAGCUUCUAAACUGCACCGUGAGUGGUCCAGGUAGUUUGUGCCUGGGUGAUCACAGUGUGUAAAAAUGGCUAACUAUCACUGUUAAGCUGAAUUUUAGUUAAAGGUCCAGUGUGUACGAUUUUGGGGGGUACAUUGGCAGAAACUGAAUAUAAUAAGUACGUUUUCUUUACUGUUAAAUAACCUGAAAAAAGAAUUAGAAUGUUUACGUUACCUUCGAAUGAGCCGUUUAUAUCUACAUAAGGAGCAGGUCCUUGUCCACAACGUCUGCCAUGUUGCACCGCUAUGUUUCUGUAGUACCCCAAAACAGACAAACCUAACACUGGCUCUAGAUGGGCAGCAUUUGCGUAUUUUUGUCGGCCACUGUAAUUCACAGUCCCUCCGUGACAAGCAGCAUUAAAAAAAAUAGUUAUUAGAUUUGUUAGAUUUUUUUUUUUUUUUGGAGAGUGAGAGACCUCUGCAGGUAAUUUGGCUCCGUUAAAAACCUCCUGAACCUCCUGAAAAAGGUGAGCAUAAAUAAGCAGGUGCUGGGCUAGCAUCCCAUCUCUGAAACGCUGAACUGUGUCACAGAUUUGUAACAUAAAACUGCUGUAUUCAGUGUUUUUACUGAUUUAAAUCACCUGGUCCGUUUGUUUUGGAGAGGAGUAGACCUUUGCCAAUAAUUCGGCUCACAGUAAAAAUCUCUUGAGCUGUAAACACUGAUGGUAUCCUUAUCAGGAGUUCGCGCUUGGCACAUGGGAGAAGUUCAGCUGGUUUUAACCUGCAGUCCUCACCUCUAGAUACCACUAAAUUCUACACACUGCUCCUUUAAAAAAAACAACAACAACAUAAAGCCAGCAUUCACAAAAACGGCAAUGCUUUCCACGUAGUUUCUCAAGUUGCAAGUGUUUCUCUUGUGUUUGAAAAGUUUAAAGUGCCCUCUUGUGUGUAAUAUUUCAACAGUUGCUUUAGAAGUUGUUUAUUUUAUUACAGUUUUAGUCAUAUUUCUGUAGAUGGUCCUACUUGAACUGUAGAAAUUACUUUUAAAUGUUAUGCCUAACAUUUGGCAAAAGGAGCAGAAACUCCAUUAGCCCUUGUUUGUCUUUAGUUAAUGUGAAACAGAAUGGCAUCCCAUAAAUAUUAAAAUGGUGUAUGUAUGUCCUUAUGUGAAAAGCGAAUUGAUCACUUGCAAGCAUGCAAGUACUUCACAUAUAAUGCAAGCUGGGAAAAUACUUUGUUUCCCUCCCGACACGUUUCCUCACCACUUUACUACUGUAAUACAAGUGAACUGAUGUGGUGUGGACAUUAUUUGUGUGGCUUGUGGUGGGCCGUUCAUCUACUAAUCACUGGCCUCACCCUGUGUCGUAUUUCUGCUACCUAUAAAGAGACAAAAACAGUUAAUGCAGGUUAUGUUUUGCUAGAUGUGUCUAGCAUGAAGCUCUGGACCCAAUUCCUCCUCCAGUCCUUUUACAGGCUGAUGUUGUCUGGGCACAUGUUGCUCUGCUAGCCUCAAGCCUUCUGGGAAAAAGCCUUAAAUGUCACAGUAGUUAUCCUAUAUUUAAUACUUACCUUAACGGACUUCCUUUGCCAGGAUCCCAACUUCAGGAUGGCUUCAUUGUGAGAAAGUUUUCUUUUCCCCGGUUCAUUUGGAAUCUGUACUGUCAGAUCAUUGGGCAGUGUUAAUAUGUAUAGGCAGUGAGAAUGGGUGCCUUAAAUUGAAAUAUUAAGGUAAUAAUUGCAACUCAUACUUGUUGUUAAAUCACCCAUCCUACUGUCUCAAAUGUUGCCUAUUAAGGAUUUAAGAUGAUUUUAAAAUAUGAAUAGUAUUUAGCAGAAGUAGUAGGUAUGUAGAACAGGGCUGUAGCAGUUAUUUUAAAGUAUUUGGACUGUGUUUUAGUUGUUAUUCUUAAUAAAUAUCCUGAUAAAGUUUCUUAAUUUAUUUUUUUGGACCACUGCAUCCUGAAGCCAUAGGUGUUUUCACAUUAGGUGCCAUAGGUAACACACACAUCGACGCAGACAGCGUAAACUGUAUUGUCUGCACUCGGAGGCGAAAAAGAGGUUUGCAUCCAUACUUUAACCUGAUGCAUUUUUCAUUCUCUGAUUCGCUCUCAGAACACAGUACAGGUCAAAAGGGAGACAGAUGAUCAGAGAAAGACAGCUGAGAUGCAAGCCGUAGCUCUUCUGGAUUGUGGUCUUCAUACUUGAUGGCAGUUUUUUUUUUUUUUUGUUUUUUGUUUUGUUUCCUGGCUCUCAUUUUUGAUGUGCCUGCCCCUUAAAGCUGCUAUUGACUUUAAUCUUAACACACACUAGUAUGAUUUGUGUGUGCGUGUGUAUGAAUAGUAAUGAUGUAUGGGCUGUAUCAGUGAAAAUAAGUUCCUAUUUAUGGGAUGGGUGCAGGGCGAAAACUGCCACCACUCAGAUGCUGGUAAAUUUAGCAAUGUCUAUGGAAGCAAAUGCGGGACAUAAGUAUUUAAAAUUUAACAGCCAAUGAAUAUUAAUAUUACAAUAAACACCACUGAAUUAUUAGUAUUGAAAUAUUUAACUGUGAAACCACCAUGUAUUUUAAUGUUACCUCUUUGAAAGUGAAAUAGGAAAUUUUCUUGUUUUGAAAUUUGAAAACCUGAAUAUGAAUAAAUAUGUUUUUUCAAUUUUCACAAAUUCAGACCCAAAAACUCAAGUUUCAGAAUUAAAAAAACCAAAUCAAUCGGUCAAAUUCAGUUGCAAAAUUGUAAACUUAAUUUUUGAUACUGAAUUUGUGAACAUUAAAAAAAAAUUUAAUCAUCUUUUGAAAUUGCAAAUCAGAGGUGAAUUCAGAACAAAUAAAUUCAAUUACAUGGUUAACAAAGUAAAAUAUGUUGAUGCUAUGAAACAGCAGAUUCGGUCAAAUUUAAAUUUCACUUAGAUAUUAAGUGGCUGUUAAAAUUUCAGUACUGAUUGUCUCUUAUUUGCUUCCAUAAUGUCCAGUCUUUACUCCAAAUAUAUAAUAAUUGACCAGUUUUCAGGGUGGCGGAGUGGUUUUCAUGAGUUGGACCCACUGCGGCCUAAAGAUGGACACCCUCCAGGCCUGUGUGGGUUUCUUAUCUUUAAAUCAACAUCAACAAUUUGUCAGACCUGCCCUGUUUAUUUUGAACUGCCUCGUCGCAGCCCGACACAGUCAGGUUCUACAGUUUCAUAUGAAGUGCCUCCACUGGGCUUAGUAUGGAGAAAUGUGUGAAUGGGUGCUUGUGUGUGUGUAUGUUAAGCUUGGGUACUUGCACACAGGUGUGCGCGCUGACAAACGUGCACAAAGUUAAUCUCUGAUGGGGGACCAAGCUACUUAGUGUAACUACUGAUACUGUGUCAUGGACUGAAGUCCUGAAGUGUGCCACGAUUCCUAGACACUGUCGGGAUGUGUGAACUGUUUGCUGCUGACUCACUGACCAAAGUGACCAAGCGUCCCUCUCUGUAACCACCCCGGCCAAAAGCCUUGGCAAGCUUGUAUUGGGAACUUGUUAUGUUCUAACAGUUCUAAGCAACAACCUGGUGACAUAAAGGAGAGCUGCUGCCCUCAUUUGGACAGUUACGGAAAAUCUUGUGAAGUAAAAGUGUAAAGAUGUGAACGGAGCUUAAAAAAUCUAGAGUGAGCUGUCCGUGUCUGUUUUCCACCAAGCAAGAUUCAGAUGUUCUAGCCAGAACUUUAUAUGUUCUGUGGUUUCAUUUUACAGUAUAUCAUCCUGCAGAAAUGUUGCCACACACAGUACAUGUCAAUAUGCACUGUGGGAAUCUAAUCUACUUAAGCACAUUGUAGCUCAUCAUGAUAGUUGACUUAGAUGUCAGUAUUUAUUGCGGCACAGGUGUGUAACAGCUCUCUAGAUUUAUUUUUACUCCGGUUUAAGAUGACUGUCUUUGAUGAUCAAAGAUGUUUCGUGUUGUGAACGGUGGUGGAGGGGGGCUUACUUUCUCUACUUUGUGAAAAUGUGAUAUUCCAGUUUUGCCUAACCUUCAGGAAUAAAAUGUCUUGCACAAACAUUCCCCCUAACCAAAAUAAAG